CAGUGAAGGUGGUCGGUUUAUUUUUAUUUUUUGAAAAUGAACGUAGCAAAUCCAAUAGUUGCAACCAGGUAUGGUCCCAUUAGAGGAAUCCAGAAAACGGCAGCCACCGGCGUGGACUACUUCAGUUUUCAACGGAUCCCGUAUGCCAAACCUCCGGUUGGGGCGUUGAGAUUCAAGGAUGCUGUGCCGCCAACUCCGUGGACUGAACCGCUGGACUGUACCGUUCAAGGACCAGCCGGGUACCAGUUCAGUAAGUUGCAGAAUAAAAUCAUCGGCAGUGAGGAUUGCUUGCAUAUGAAUGUUUUUACCAAAGACCUAGAUAAGGGUAAAUGUCUACCGGUGAUGUUGUAUAUCCAUGGAGGAGCGUUUAAUCGGGGCUCAAGCGGGGUUGAGAUGUACGGUCCCGAUUACCUGAUUCAGGCGGAUGUUGUUUUCGUUUCGUUCAACUAUAGGAUCGGUGCUUUGGGAUUCAUCUCGUUCGAUUCGCCGGAGGUAGAUCUUCCCGGCAAUGCUGGAUUGAAGGAUCAGAAUUUGGCAAUAAGAUGGGUUGUCGAAAACAUUGCAAACUUUGGGGGUGACCCGAAGAACAUAACCUUGUUUGGUGAAAGCGCUGGCGGUUGUUCAGUUCAUUAUCACAUGAUUUCGGAGCUGUCCAAGGGUCUGUUCCAGCGGGCAAUCGUUAUGUCCGGUUGUGUAUUGAACAAUUGGUCAACGGUUCCGAGAAGGAAAUUCACCGAAAGACUUGCCAAAGCGCUCGGAUGGAAUGGUCAGGGCGGUCAACAAGCCGCAUUGGAAGUAUUGAUGAAAGCAACUCCGGAAGACAUCGUAGCGAAGCAGAAUGCUCUACUUACGGAGAAUGAGCUAGAAAAUCGUAUCAUGUUCGAAUUUGGACCCGUUAUCGAGCCAUAUAUCAAAAAGAAUUGUAUUAUCCCAAAGGAACCGUUGAAGAUGUGCCAAGAAGCGUGGAGUAAUGGCAUGGAUAUAAUCAUCGGAGGUAACUCCGAGGAGGGUUUGUUCAGCUUGAGUGAAAUUAAGGAGAAUCCGUCUAUUAUGAGCAAUCUGAAAGACUUUGAAUAUUUGGUUCCACUCGAACUGGACCUGGUGAGAACUUCACAGAGAUGCAAGGAACUCGGCAGGCGACUUAAGCAGCACUACUACGGAAAUUCGGAACCAUCUUUUGAAAAUAAGGAAGGAUACUUAUCCCUAAUGACCGAUAAGCUUUUCUGGCAUGGACUACACCGAACGAUCUUCAACCGAAUCAACACCACGAAGGCAGCCAAAACAUACGUCUACCGAUUUUCGGUUGAUUCCGAUACCUACAAUCACUACAGGAUCUACUUUUGCGACAAAAACGUCCGUGGAACGGCGCAUGCCGACGAUCUGUCUUAUGUUUUCAAGAAUGCAUUCAGCGUUGCUCCACCGAAGGAUUCGUUUGAGCAUCGCGUUAUGAUGGAUAUGGUCGGUUUGUUUUCGAAAUUCGCUUCAAACAACGGAAAUCCCAACGGAGGAGUUACUGACAGUUGGGAACCGAUUGGCAGCGAGAUUGGCCCGUACAAAUGUCUGAACAUUAACAAUGCGGGUCUGGAGUUUAUCGAUUUCCCGGAACAAAAACGCAUGGAACUAUGGGAUUCAAUGUAUAGCAAGGAACAACUUUAUUAACUCGUGUAAUUAUCAUGAAAUUAUAGAUAUACCUAUGAUAUGUGCAAUAAACCUUAGUUCAGCUUGAAAUGCUCUGAUUU